CUAUGUACAGAGCAUUGCUAAAUUGAAAUCUACAAAAGGGGAAUGAAUGAAACCUACUCAAAGGAUUUUUACCUGAUGGUUCUCAGCAAGUGAAGACAGACAUAUAUUUAUUCAUUAAAAACAUGAAGGGGAGCUUGGAAACUGAAGCAGAAUUAUAAACAAAUUAAACUACCCUGCAAUUUGAAGGAACAUUGCACCAACAACAAGUCAUUACAUUUUAAAGGAACUUUAUCUUAGAUUUUCAAAUUUACAUCAAAACCAAGUGAGGUUUCAGAUUUACAUGCUUGAUCUGUAAUUUUCUGUUGAACAUUUGAAGUUCACACUUACAUAAAAAGCUAAAUAACCACAGCUGGUUCAUUUUGAGGACACAAAAGAGUGAAGCCAGUUUAACUUCUCAUUGCAAGACAGCAAAGGUUUCGUUUACCAGCAUGGCUCUUUGGGACACAGACUUUGGAGUGAAGGGAAGUGGCACUGCCAGGGAGUGGGGUGUUCAGAUCCAGCCUGCACUCAUAGCCUCUUUCUUGUUUCUGGUCUGUCUCGAAGCCUGGCUGUGGGUGAGGAAUCUGAGACAGAACAGACGCUUGCCUGGCCCCUUUGCCUGGCCAGUGGUGGGAAAUGCCAUGCAGCUGGGGCAGAUGCCCCAUAUAACCUUUUCCAAACUGGCCAAAAAGUAUGGCAAUGUCUACCAGAUCAGCCUUGGCAGCAACAAAAUCGUUGUUCUAAAUGGCGAGGUCGCAAUACGGCAAGCCUUGCUUAAGCACAGCACUGCAUUUGCUGGUAGACCUAACUUUGGCACUUUUCAAAUGGUCUCCGGUGGCAAGAGUAUGGUUUUUGGGGACUACACCAGGCUGUGGAAGGAGCAUCGGAGAAUUGCUCAGUCAACGAUUAGAGCUUUCUCCACAGCCAACAGCCAUACCAAGAAACUCUUUGAGCAGCAUGUUGUGGGAGAGGCUAUAGACCUCAUCAAGGUUUUUCUGUGCCUUGGCGCUGAUAGUUGUUACUUUGAACCCGGGCAUGAAUUAACAGUGGCCGCCGCCAAUGUCAUCUGCGCUCUUUGUUUCGGCAAGCGCUACAGCCACGACGACCAGGAGUUUAAGACCCUUCUGGGCAGGGUGGACAAGUUUGGUCAGACGGUGGGUGCAGGGAGUUUGGUGGAUGCCAUGCCUUGGCUGCAGGCUUUUCCAAACCCAGUCCGCAGCAGUUACCUGAACUUCAAAGAACUCAACGAUGAAUUUUUUGAGUUUGUGAAAGAUAAGAUCAUCCAGCACCGGCAGACAUAUGACCCCGAGGUCACGCGAGACAUGAGUGAUGCCAUCAUUGGUGUGAUAGAGCAUGGGACGGGUACCGGAGAUGGUCUAACCAAGGAGCAUGUUGAAGGUACUGUUAAUGACCUGAUGGGUGCUGGGCAAGACACCAUCUCAACAGCACUCCACUGGGUUCUCUUGCUUUUGGUGAAGUACCCCAAUAUCCAGACCAAGAUUCAAGAGCUGAUUGACAAAGAAGUGGGCCGGGAAAGAUUGCCUACCAUUGAAGACAAAAGCAAGCUUGCCUACCUAGAGGCUUUCAUCUACGAGACCAUGCGCUUCACCAGCUUUGUGCCAAUCACCAUCCCCCAUUCCACCACCUCCGACGUGACUAUCGAAGGCCACUACAUCCCCAAGGACACUGUGGUUUUUGUGAACCAGUGGUCGGUGAACCAUGAUGAGCUGAAAUGGAAGGAUCCUCAUGUCUUUGAGCCCUCCAGGUUUCUGAAUGAGAGUGGGAUCAUCGACAGGGAUCUGACCAACAGCGUGAUGAUCUUCUCCAUGGGAAAGCGCCGGUGUAUCGGUGAUCAGAUUGCCAAACUCCAGAUAUUUCUGUUCACAGCCAUCCUGCUUCACCAGUGCACCUUUGAAGCGAAUCCUGCAGACAAACCCAGCCUGGAUUGCUCCUAUGGGCUAAGUCUGAAACCCACCCACUUCGUUUUGACUGCUAAGCUAAGGGGAACAUUUCUAGACUUGGUUUCACCAGCAUAAAAAAGUCAGACUUUUGUACAACCUUUCACUGAGAUGUACCAUCCAGACACACUCCAGUAUUACAGUAAGUCAUUAUUUUGUGUGUGUUUUAAAACUACGGGCAAUCAGGUUUAAGAUUAGAAAGGUUUGGUUUAUUUCACUCGAUGUCAUAUGGACUUGAUUAUCUGCAAGAUCUUUCUUCAAUCAAUUGUUGUCAAUAUCCAUGCUUGGUAAUCACUUUAUAAACCCCUGUUUUAUAAUUAAAAAGUUUAACAACCACCCAUAACAGACUAGAAACAAAAUGACUUCAGAGAGCUGUAGAUUUACACCGAAGAAAAAGCAGCUUGUUUCACUUAAAGCGUGAUGAUUGAGUGUUUUAAAAAUGAUGAUCCAGAGUAAAGGGAGCAGGCAAGUUACAGUUAAAGUAAAUGAAAAGUAUGGCAUUUUUUUUAUUUGUGUUUUGUAACCAAUAAAAAAGACCUCUUGUUACUGUACAGGCAAAACACCAACUAAAAACAGGAACAUCUUACUGUUUCACUCAAACAUGACAAACUAUAAUUAGACCAUUUCUGUUAUUAUUAUUAUUAUUAUUAUUAUUAUUAUUAUUAUUAUUAUUAUUAUUAUUAAUAAUAAUAAUAAUAAUAAUAAUAAUAAUAAUAAUAAUAAUAAUAAUAAUAAUAAUAAUAAUAAUAAUAAUAAUAAUACACGUGGGGGAGUUCAUUCUAAUAGGGGCAGCAUUCUAAUACUUGGUGUUCGUUUUGACUUCAGGGGUUUUCAAUUCUAGCUACGGGUAUCCAUAACAGUCCAGGAUCUUGAUUUCAACCAGUUUCUAUUUUAAAUUUGAAUUCUGCAGUCAGAUACACAUAGACCAAUCACAGUGACUACAGGCUAUUCAGUCCAUCUCAAAAGUUUGUCUGUACGUUCUGAGUGAAUGUGCAAAGCAAUGCAGAUUCAGGAUCCUUUUGAAAAGGACUACAAUUUCUAUAUAUCUGAUAAGAAGUAGCUUACUUACAGGUAACAUUAAUGACAAUGUGAUCGUCUUCAAAAUACUUUCUUUCAUUUCAAAACCAGUCUGCAGGUCUGUGCUGUCCCACUAAAAUCAUCCCCAUACUGUAUACAAAUACCUCUGCAGGUCUGUGCUUUCCCAGUACAACCAUCCCCAUACUGUAUACAAAUACCUCUGUAGCUAUAUGACGUUUUAUUUUAAAAAAUAAUUCAGAAGGCAUUUAUUUAUUGUUGUCAAAUGUGUGUUUUUUUUGCUUUUGGUUUUUUUAUAUUAUAGGAGGUGAACAUUUAAAUAUCAGUAUUAAUGUAGAAAACACUUUACUGAACAUUAUCACAUACUAAACUACUAUUUACUAUGCUAUUUUAGAAAUAUUAAUCAGGUCUUGGCACAAACACAUAUUGUUCUUGUUAUAUAUUAUAGUUUUUAUCAUAGCUCUUUCUACUUUUUGACUUUCUGUCAAAUCACUACAAAUGAAUAUAUGGGGUUUUAAACAUCCUUUGCAGUGUUGUUUGGGACUUCUACAAAGCUGCUAUGAGGAUAGCAGCACCAUAAUUACACUUCUAUCCCAGCCAUAUUGUCCCUAUAGUUCUAGGUGAGUGCACAUUCCAAGGUAGCAGAAUGUGUAAGUUAGCUUGUUAAACAGUGUAUAACACAUUAAGAAGUAUACGCUUGACAGCACUAGAAAAGAAUACAAAACAAAUGAUGCUAAAUGUUUCCUAUACUAAAGCGUUUACCAUGCUGAAGCAUGCAUUUUUACAAUGCUUUAUUUCAUUUGGGAUUGGCCACACUUGAUCCCAUAUUGCCAAUCCAUUGGGCCAGCAUGUCUAUCACCAUUCCUUUCAAAUAAUUGACUUUAAUAAUGCAAGGGACUCAUCUUUUAAACUGUUCUGAAUGAUAUCUGCCUGAUCUUGUAUUAUGUAUUUUCAUGUAUUGAAUGUAUACCCUAAAUUAUUGUAAAUCAGUAUUGAUAUUAUUAUACAAUGGUUCAGUUCACUCAAUUGUAUUUGUGAAUUAUAUUUCUGUACUUUUAUAUCUUCAGUUCUUUUGGGUUUAUCAACAAUAAUGUGAAUUCAAUUUAAGUGAUAUACGUGUUUGUGUUUUUUUUUUGUUUGUUUGUUUUUAAUAAUUGUUGCACAAAUCACCUAUAUAAAUAAAUGUACAAAACAUCCAAA